AUGGCGGCCUUGGACCCGACAUCAAAUGGCUUUGUAAGCUUGCCGUUGCUGGCAUCGAGCCUUGCGCUGGUGGGAAUCGCAUACUUGCUCUUCAUCGCCAUCUAUCGUCUCUACUUCCACCCUCUAUCCAAAUAUCCAGGCCCCUUCCUGAACAGAAUCUCUCCCCUGCCGCUCUCCAUCGCCCUGCUCCGAGGCCGCCUCCCCUUCUACGUCAAGCACAUCCACGACAGAUAUGGCCCCGUCGUCCGCCUCACACCCACCGAGCUCUCCUUCAACUCGGAGCGAUCCUGGAAGGACAUCUACGGCUCCCGCCCGGGCCACCCCAACUUCCACAAGGACCCCAUCCACGUCGGAUCCGUCCAGGCCGUCCCGGGAGCCGUCACAAUCACCAUGGCUAACGACGCCGACCACGCCCGCCAGCGCCGCGCCCUCUCCCACGCCUUCAGCACAAAGGCUCUCCUCGAGCAGGAGAGCCUCAUAACGUCCUACAUCGACGCUCUCCGCGACGUCGCGAACCAGCACGCCCGCGAGGGCCGCGUAUGCAACCUCGCCGACUGGCUUUCGUAUACCACCUUCGACAUCAUCGGCCACCUCUCCCUCGGCGAGCCCUUUGGCUGCCUCGCCUCCUCUGACCUCCGCUUCUGGGUGGGCCUCAUCUCCGAGUCCAUCAAGGCCGGCGCCGUCGAGCAGGCGGCCCGCCGCCUCGCCACGACGGGCUCUUGGAUGCAAAAGCUCCUCCUCAGGCUCCUUGCGCCGCCGGAGCUGCGCCAGCAGCGCGUCCGGCACCUCGAGUACUCGCGCGAGAAGAUCCUCAAGCGCAUCGCCGCGCCGGGGGGUAACAAUACGCACAGGGACUUUCUGCACUACCUCCUCCGGCAGGGCGACAAGGAGAACUUGAACCAGGACGAGAUCAUCGUGAAUGGCGCGCUGUUCAUCAUCGCGGGUUCCGAGACGACGGGGAGCUUCAUGACGGGGCUGUUCAACCAUCUCCUUCGCCCGGAGAACAGGCGCGCGUACGAGAAGCUGAGGGACGAGAUACGCGGCGAGUUCGCACGGGACGAGGACAUCACCUUUGAGCGGUUGUCCAAACUGCCAUGGCUCGGCGCGGUGCUGGAGGAAGGGUUGCGCAUCUUCCCCUCCGCGCCCAUCGGCUUCACGCGGCAAGUCCCCGCGGGAGGAGACACCGUGGAUGGGGAGGUGCUGCCCGGCGGCACGACGGUGUCGACGUGCAUGUGGGCGGCGACGCACGCGCCCGAGAACUUUGCCGACCCGUACGCGUUCCGGCCGGAGAGGUGGCUUGAUCGGGAGAAGGCGACGGAUAGGCUGGGGGCUAGCAAUCCGUUUUCGCUCGGUCCGAGGGGGUGUAUUGGUCGCAACUUGUCUUAUAUGGAGCAGAGGCUGAUUGUGGCCAAGCUGCUCUGGCAUAACGAUAUCGAGAUGACAGGGGAUGAGUCGUGGAGGGUGUGGGAUCCUGCGAAUGACCAUGAGAAUAUGCAAGUGUUUACGAACUGGAUCAAGAUGCCUUUGAAUGUGAGGCUGAUUCCACGGAAA